ACCAAUUAUCUUCCUUCUCCCACGUGGGACACCUGGCCCCACACGCCCUCCACUCUUUUGUGUUUUAUUCCUUCUCUUUUCUUAUAGUCCUUCAUUCCCUCCUCCUUAACACCCCAUCGCCUCUUUCUCUCUCAUGGGUGACUCAUCAGCUUCAUACAUCCACACGGUGCAACACUUGAUUGAGAAGUGUCUUGUCUUCAACAUGACACGAGAAGAGUGCAUGGAAGCCCUUUCUAAGCAUGCAAAUAUCAAACCUGUUAUUACUUCCACAGUAUGGAAGGAGUUAGAGAAGGCGAACAAAACUUUCUUUGAAGAAUACUCGCGUAGAAGAGGAGAGAGUGUGGGUGAGAUGGAAACAAGAGAAAGGGUCCUCAAGAUGCUAGCUGAUUCUUCAAGGGAAUCCAACGGCUAGCAUGAGAAAGCAACGAUCCGAUGGCAACAUCUGUAAUAUCAAACGGAAGCAAGGGCAAUAAUAAUAAGCUUUUACGGUAUAUGAGUUGUAAGAGGUGGAGAAAGGAAGGUUGUAGACUCUCUCUAGUAGUCAUAGAUCACGAGGUCGUUUCUGUCAUGUCGCGAGUCGGACUUACCAGUAUGCGUCUCCCAAUUUGGACCCAAAUGAUUAUAUUCUACCAAGAUCGGAACCGUCCAUUAUCUGGUUUCUACUCUUCAUCUUGACUUCCUGUACGUGCUCAAGGUGAAUAGGAAUUUUCAAUGGCUCACGUUUAUCUCAUAAAAUAAGUUUUUAGUAGUCGUGCAUCAAUUGUGAUUAGUAGGCUAGAUGUUAUUUAGAGUAGAAGCCAAAGAUGAACAUGACCGAUCGUUUUCUUUGAUCUCAUGUGGACCCCAGAGGGAGAGAGACGUACUGAAUUUAAGAAUCGCGACAUACGGGUAAUGGCCAAAGGAAAGGACAAGUGGCGUCGAUUGUAAUUUAUAAGAUAUUGUCCACAGUCGGUAUCAAACAGUGGAAAAGCGUGCCGUCCCACGACACGUUUAAUGUGCGUGGCAGUACAGGGAUCUCUGUUCUGACGUGGAAAUUAUAAGAUUCUCUCUUAUUUAUUUA